GUGAAUUGACAAAAUAUUCGUCAUAAAUCAUAAUCGACGUGUAAUCGACUAUUAAAAAAAAUAAUAAAAUUUUAACAAGUCGGUUCGUAGUAGCUGGUAGUAGCGUUACGUAGCGACAGAGCGGCAAAAUGUCACUGGACAGUAGCCAAACAAAAUUCAAACCCAAAAAUGUUGCCUGUUCAAUAAAUCCAUAUGAAAUCCUGGAACCUAUCAAGGUAGAUAAUAUUCUCGUAGACUUAAGCACUGAUACAGAUAACACACAUGAUUCACUCCAACUAGGCUCUUUUAUAGAUACAGUGCGUAAAACGGAAUAUGAUUUAGUAGACCUAUAUCAAAAUAUUUACGUUACACCUCUCCAUAUACAGAAAACAAAUGUACAAGACAAUGCGACAGAUUUUGCAGAUUUCUUCGAUAAAUUGGAAUUAGAUGAUAAAAAAGAUUGGCCGAUUGAAAAUAAAGCUAAUUCUCUAGCCUCGGAAUUUCGAAAAUCAUGUAACAUGUCUAGACGAAGCAAUGCUAAUGUUAAUGAAGUGAGAAAUGACAUACUUAACGAAAAAUUAAAGCCGUUAAACAAUGAAUAUAAGCCUAAACUUGAAAGUCACUUUAACAAAAGCAAGCCAGCAGUCAAUGAAAUAAAAUUCAAAGAUGUAUUAACAAAAAAUAAUGAUAAGGAAUUUAUGGAACACAAUAAAAUAAAAGAGAUUUUACGUGUUCUUAACGCUGAUAAAUUAAUGAAUAUGAAACAAGAUAAUACAGAAAUAAACAAUAAACUACACGUAAUAGAUAUGAUAAAUGAUAAACAGUUCAAUGGCAUUAUAAAAAAUGGACUUUUACAAACAGUUAAAAAAGACGAGAAAUUAUAUGCGAAACAACGUAAUAUUUUACUAGAUAGAAAUCUAACUAAGGGAGCUGAUAUCUACGAAAAAUCCAUAGUCUUACCUCAAAUGAUGGAACGAUUGGCGGCAAGAAAGAAAAUUCUGGAUGAACAGAAGAAUUUAAAAAGAAGGUUAAUCCUAGGAGGUCCGAUAUGUUCAAAUAAAAAAGAAAAUAAUACGGGCUUCGAGCCAGUGGUCUUGAUGAAUGAUUGCAACGAAGAACGCUUGAAGAGCCUUGCUACUAGAUUGUUGUUUGCGGAUUUUGUGAAAAAUGGGAAAACAGAAAAUUAAGGGCCAGUUUUACAAGUUCUCUAAGUCUAUAAAUUCAUGUGUUGGUAAUACUUCCUUACUUCUAAAUGUAUUUUACUUACUUUAUGGCUACUAAAACUACCCACAAAUGGUUACAAAUCAUAUUUUAGUCGCUUUCAUAUAAGUUAUUUAUAGAUA